CUCGAGUCUUUGACGAUACAAACUCACAACAGCGGGACAAAAUGGCAGAAGAAGCUCCAGCACCAGCCGCCGCCGCGCCCAAAGCAGCCAAGAAGAAGGUUUCCAAGCCCAAGAAAGUCGGUCCCAGCGUCUCGGACCUCAUCGUGAAAACUGUUGCCGCAUCCAAGGAGCGGAGCGGCGUGUCUGCUGCCGCCGUCAAGAAGGCUCUGACCGCCGGAGGAUACGAUGUGGACAAGAACAAGGCCCGCGUCAAGACCGCCAUCAAGAGCCUGGUGUCCAAGGGGACUCUGGUCCAGAUCAAGGGGAUCGGGGCCUCUGGCUCCUUCAAAAUGAGCAAGACCACUGCCGAUAAACCGGCAAAGAAAGCCGCUCCUAAAGCCAAGAAGCCUGCAGCGAAGAAACCAGUAGCGGCCAAAAAGCCCAAAGCAGCGGCAGUGAAGAAAGUUGUAGCCGCUAAGAAGUCACCGAAGAAGGCCACGAAACCCACCGCGGCCAAGAAGGUGGCCAAGAGCCCCAAGAAGGUAGCCAAGAGCCCCAAGAAGGUGGCCAAGAGCCCCAAGAAGGUGGUGAAAAAGGCCCCUGCAACAAAGAAAGCCCCCGUGAAGAAGGCUGCUAAGCCCAAGGCCAAGAAGGCAGCACCCAAGAAGAAGUGAGCUGAGAUCCUUCUGAAGAACCAACACCUCUAAAAAAAAAGGCUCUUUUAAGAGCCACAUAAUUCAUCCUUAAAGAGCUUUCCUUUCAUUCAUCAAAUUAAUAAUACUAGAUUUUAAUUGAGAAUCUGCAAUAAGUUGAUUAGAGAAAUUUACCUUGAAAUCAAAUGAAUGUCAACCACAGGUUUCACAUGGAUGGUAAAUGAGUAAAACGCCAAAUCUUCACUUUCAUUUCUUUUUGAUCAUUUUUGAGCAUCGGCCAACAUGACCUAAUUUAAUAA